AUGGCGGACGAGGAUCAAUCGAUAAACACAAGGAAAGAAAGCAGCAGCGGCGCCAAGCGGAUGCGCGGCCACACAGCGCGCUACUUCGGCGAAAUAGCCGAGAACUCUGCAGCUGGGACGCCGGUGGACGGGGUGAUGCUGCCGGUGGGGACCGGCGGCUGCCCCGGUGCGGACCUCAACACCAGCCUGAAGGGGGAUUACGCUUCGGAUUUUAGGCUUGUUCACCUCCGCGGACACCGGGACCACCGGGGACACCUGGGUCUGGUCUCCGCCAAAGAGCUGGACCGGGAGUUUAUAGCGAUGUACGAGCUGAGGGUGCAGCUGCCGCCGCGGUGUCUGAGGAGACCGGCGGCCGUGCAGGUCGAAGUGUCCGACCGGAACGACAACAUCCCCCGGUUCACCCGCGGGAACAUGACGGUUGAGGUGGACGAGCUGACGCCGCUCGGUACCGAGCUGGCCCGCUUUGACGCAAAGGACGGAGACGCGGAGCGGAACGGACGCGUCACCUUUUACGCGUCACCGGAGUCUCACCUGCUCCACGUGGUUCCUCAGACCGGGCAGGUGAGGCUGGUCGGGUCCUUGCAGGGGGUGCGCCUGGUGACUCUUCGCCUUUACGUGAAGGACGGCGGAGACGUGGCGCUGAUCGGUGAGCCGGUGUUCCUGCGCGUCAGCGUCCACCGCUCCGGCGGAGCGCGGCGGAGGCCCCGGGCUCUUUCCGAGGAGCUCACCUACUCAGUGACCGUGCCGGACCACGUCAGAGUCGGGGACCUGGUGUUCACGGUGCCGGACCAGAGGUUCGAGCAGCGGUGGUUCGAGGUGAUCUCUGAGGCGGACUCGCCGGUCCAGAUCGAGCGGGACUCGGGGCGUCUGUACCUGGCGCGCAGCCUGCGGGAGCCCGCCGAGGUGACGGUGAAGAUCCAGAACCUCCGAGGUGAUGAGUGGUACCUGUGCAGGCUCACUCUGAGCAUGCCCAGUCAGGCCAACCUGCAGUGGGCCAUGUCUCCCUCACCUUACCUGGGCUCUGUGGGUCCUGAUGCCACACCUGGCUCUGUGGUGUACCGACUGUCGGCACGGCAACGAGACGGGACGCAGGAACAGACACAGUUCCUCCUACUGGACGGUGGGGACGAGUGCUUCGAGGUAGACCGUCGUUCCGGCGAGAUCCAGACCACAGGUCGACCUCUGACCCCGAGUAGGGAGUACCUGCUGCGGGUGCAGGCAGUGGACGGACGCGGGCGUAAAGGCCCCCCGGCCACAGUGGCCAUCCUGGCCGGUUACCGCCCGCCGCAGUUCACCAAUGCCACCUACAGCCUGAACGUGGCGGAGAACACACCUGUCGGCCAACCUGUCGCGGCGGUCCAGGCCGUCUCCUUCCAGAAGAAGAGCCUGUCCUACAUGCUGCUGGUGAAUCCCGGGAACCUGUUCAGCAUCAACCAGGAGAGCGGCGCGCUCAGCCUCACCCGGACCGUCGACUACGAGAGCGGACACAACCUCCACACCCUGCAGGUCCGAACCUCCGAACCCGACACGGGCCUCAGCAGCGUGGCAGAGGUUGUCGUUCACAUCACAGAUGAAAACGACUGCACACCUGAGUUCCUCCACUCAAUCUACACCAGAGACAACAUACCUGAGAGCGUCGCACCUGGAACCUCCCUGAUGCAAGUUCUGGCCCGGGACUGUGACUCUGGCGUGAACUCGGAGCUCUCCUACUUCGUUCACGGCGGCGACUUUGACAUCACGUCGGGAGGCGUGGUCAGCCCCGCCCGUCGCCUGGACUACGAGCGGCCCAAUCACAUCUACGAGUUCGUGGUGGUCGCCGUGGACGCCGGCACGCCCCCCCGCACCGGUACCGCCUCCGUCCGCAUCCGAGUCGCCAACAGCAACGACGAGGCGCCCGUCUUCUCCCAGAGCGUGUAUAAGACCUUCCUCAGCGAGGACGCCGGUCCUGACACGCUGGUCGCCAUCGUCCACGCCAACGACCCGGACGGAGAUGCCGUCUCCUACGCCAUCACCGGUGGCAACGAGGACAGCAACUUCCUGCUGGACAACCAGAAGGGUAUCAUCAAGCUGCGGCGGAGUCCACCUCCGAGGCUGAGGGGCCCUCAGUACGUCCUCAACAUCACCGCCACGGACGAUAACGCGUCCGGUGGACCGUACCCGCUCAGCAGCUCCACGCAGGUCAUUGUGGGAAUCAACGACAUCAACAACAACAAACCAGUCUUCCAGGAGUGUCAGAACUACAGUCUGAACGCCGCCGUCCUGGAGAACCAGCCGCCAGGGACGUUUGUCCUGCGCGUCCAGGCCCACGACGCCGACAUGGGGGUCAAUGGAGAGGUCAAAUACGGCAUCAUGCACAGAGACGGGGUGUCGUCUGGGUUUGACAUCGACCCUAACACCGGUGUGAUCACCACGGCGGUGAGUUUCGACCGCGAGCGUCAGAGGGAGUUCACGCUGUCAGUGACGGCCACCGAUCAGGCCGAGGAGCCGCUGAUCGGGAUCUGUCAGAUCACCGUGCUCAUCGCCGACCGCAACGACAACGACCCCAAGUUCGAAAACAGCCGCUACCAGUAUUUCCUUCGGGAGGACACUCCAGUAGGGACUAGUUUCCUCCGAGCGGCGGCACACGAUGACGACCAGGGGAGCAAUGCGGCCAUCACAUACUCGCUGUCCAAUCAGAAGCCAGCAUACCUGCACAUCAACCCCAGCACUGGCUGGAUUUACGUCAACCACCCCAUCUCACAGACGUCCAGGAUCAACCAGCAGAUCGUGGCCUCAGACGGAGGGAACCGCAGCAGCUCCGUGGAGCUGACCGUCAUCAUCACCAAUGUCCACAACCAACCGCCGCACUGGGAGCAGCCCGAGUACUGGGUCACCGUCCCGGAGAACACCGUCCGAGACGCCAAGAUCGUGACCAUCAAGGCGACGUCUCCGCUCGGCGACCCCCGGGUGACCUACAACCUGGAGGAGGGCCAGGUGCCGGAGACCAACAUGCCGGUGCGAUUCUACAUCAAGCCGAACCGGGCGGACGGCUCGGCGUCCAUCCUGGUGGCCGAGAACCUCGACUACGAGACGACCCGCUUCUUCACGCUCAGGGUGCGGGUGCAGAACGUCGCCGCCGUGCCACUGGCGUCCUUCACCACCGUCUACAUCAACGUGACAGACGUGAACGACAACGUUCCUUUCUUCCUGUCGUCCACCUACGAGGCCACGGUUCCCGAGGGAGCGGAGAUCGGCACGUCGGUGGCUCAGGUGUCGGCCACAGACCUGGACUCAGGUCUCCACGGGAUGAUCCACUAUGUGAUCCUGAAGGACGAGAGCGGGGACUCUCAGUUCUUCAGCAUCGACCCGCUCAGCGGCGUCAUCGUCACCCGAGCGUCGUUCGACCGAGAGCAGAAAGCCUCGUACCUGAUCGAGGUGCAGUCGCAGGACGGCUCCGAGUCGGCCCGACCGGGUCAACAGGGACAACCCAACACAGACACGGCGUACGUCAGGAUCUUCGUCACCGACGUCAACGACAACGCCCCGGCGUUCGCCCAGCCGGUGUACGAGGUGAGCGUGGAGGAGGACAAGGAGGUCGGCUUCGUCCUCAUCACCGUCACCGCCAACGACGAGGAUGAAGGUGCAAACGCCAAGCUGCGCUACCAGAUCACCUCGGGGAACACCAUGGGCACCUUCGACGUGGAGCCCGAGGUCGGCACCAUCUUCGUGGCUCAGCCGCUGGACUACGAGAUGGAGCAGCGCUACGAGCUGCGGCUGGUCGCCUCCGACGGGAAGUGGGAGAACGAGACGCUGGUGGUGGUCCAGGUGGUCAACCACAACGACGAGGCGCCCGUCUUCAGCCAGACCGAGUACCACGCCGCCGUGACCGAGGAGCUCACCCAGCUGCCGGUCUUCAUCCUGGAGGUGUCGGCCACAGAUCCAGACCAGGAGGCCGACCAAACCGCCGUUCGCUACUCUCUCCAUGGUCAGGGCGCCGGCGGUGAAUUCACCAUCGACGAACGAACCGGAAGAAUCUACGCCCAGCGGCGUCUGGACCGCGAGGAGCGUCCAGCCUGGAGAUUCCUCGUCCUCGCCACAGACGAGGGAGGGGCCGGACUCACGGGAUUCGCCGAUGUGCUGUUGGAGGUCCGAGACGUCAACGACAAUGCGCCUUUCUUCCCGUGUCCGGCGCUGGAAGUAGACGGAUGUUUUGUCGGCCAAGUGCCUGAAAAUUCACCUGCCGACACCUCCGUCAUGGAGAUGCGCGCCAUGGACCUGGACGACCCCAAUGAGGGGAAGAACGCCAUGCUGACCUACAGCAUCAUCAAGAACGUCCGCAACGAGAUCAACCUCAACCUGUUCUCCAUCAACGCCACCACGGGAACCAUCUACACGGUGCUACGCUCCCUGGACCGGGAGGCGGAGGACCGGUAUCUGGUGGUGGUGGAGGCCAGGGACGGAGGGGGGUUGGCGGGGACAGGGACAGCCACCAUCAUGGUUUCCGAUGUCAACGAUCACCCGCCUGUUUUCACUCAGAGGGUCUACACUGCUCAGGUGACGGAGGAUCUGGAGGUGAACAGCGAGGUUCUCGUCGUUUCCGCCACAGAUGGAGACGAGGGCGAGAACGCCGUGGUAACCUUCAGCAUCGUCGGAGGUGACGAGGACAGGAAGUUCUUCGUGGAGACGGACAAAGUCAACAGACGUGGCGUCGUCAAGCUCAAGAAGAAGGUCGACUUUGAAAAGCCUCACGAGAGAACCUUCAAUCUGACCCUGAAGGCCGAGGACGCCGAUUUCUUCAGUCUGGCCUACUGCCUCGUCCAGGUGGAAGACUCCAACGACCACGCCCCCGUCUUCUUCCCGCAGUUCUAUGAGUCACCCGCCUUGUCCGAAGACGUACCUGUGGGGACGAUUGUUGCUCAGGUAACGGCCUCUGAUCUAGACUCGGGUCAAAAUGGACGUUUUUCGUACAGUAUCUCGAAAGAGUCGGACCCCUACAGCCAGUUCCUAGUGGACCAGUCUGGUUGGGUGGUCGUGGCUGAUUCUCUGGACAGGGAGAAAAUCUCGCAGCACAGGAUCAUGGUCCACGCCACAGAUGCCGGGAGUCCGCCCUUGACCGGAACCGCCAUCGUGAUGGUGACUGUGCUUGACGUUAACGACAACGGGCCGGAGUUCGAGGUCGCCUACAAACCCAUUGUUUGGGAGAACGCGCCGGCACCUCAGGCGGUACGAAUGAACGAAACAUCGCUCCUCCUCCACACAACAGACCGCGACACCUCCACCAACGGCGGGCCGUUCUCCAUACGGCUCCUCAUGCUCACCUCGGACGCCACCAACUUCAAUCUGACCGACUUCCGGAACGGCAGCGCUGCCGUCACAGCCCUCCGCACCUUCGACCGCGAGCGGCAAAAAGAGUAUCUCCUCCCGAUCCUCAUGAUUGACAGCGGCUCUCCUCCGAUGAGCUCCACCAGCACGCUGACGGUCGUCAUCGGCGACAGAAACGACCACCCACACUCGCCAGGACACACCAACUUCAUCGUCUACAGUUAUGAGGGUAUCCUCCCGACGACGGCGCUCGGACAAAUUCAAUCCCCCGACCUUGAUGACUGGAGCGAGAAGGUGUACCGGUUCGAAGGGAAGCCAACCAGGUCGUUCGGACUCAACCAGAGUUCGGGUCAGCUGAGCAUCAGGGAGGGGACGCCUCCGGGCUCCUACCACCUGCAGGUACGCGUCUCUGACCACGCCUGGCCCGACGUCACCUCCACCGCUCAGGUGGAUGUCACGGAGCUGCAGCAGGACGCCCUGCAGAACGCCGCCUCCAUCCGCCUGUCCAACCUGACAGUGGAGGAGUUCUUCAGGAGCAGUGGAGGUCAGGAGAGUCGGUUCUCCGUCCUCGGCGGAGCGUUGGCUGAACUCCUUCAGACUUUGCCGGAAAACGUCCAGAUCUUCUCGGUCGGCGGCGCCGGGCGACGGGGGGAGAAGGAACUGAACGUGUGGUUCGCCGCUCACGGCUCGCCGUACUACAAGGCGGAGAAACUGCACGGCUACGUGGCGGCAAACAAAGCCAAGCUGGAGGCCAUGUUGGGCGUGUCCAUCUCUCAGGUGGGCGUCGACGACUGUCCCCACACUGACUGCAGUCAGUCUGGAGGCUGCAGUAACAAGGUUUCAUUCAGCCAGUCCCCGGUGGCUCUCAGCUCCGGCGACACGUCGCUGGUGUCGCUGUCGGCGUCGUCGACGGCGCAGUGCGGCUGCAGGGGCCGAGAAGCCAUCCACCUGCCCUGCUCCGCCUACCCCACCAGCCCCUGCCUCAACGGGGGCACCUGUCAGGACGGACCGCUGGGAUACAGGUGUAAGUGUCCUCCCAUGUUCGACGGCCCCGAGUGCCAGCAGACCAAACACAGCUUCGGCGGCCAAGGCUACGCCUGGUUCCCUCCCAUCAUGCCUUGCUUCCAGAGCCACAUCUCCCUGGAGUUCCUGGCUGAGUCGGCCAACGGGCUGCUGCUCUACAACGGUCCUCUCGGCCCCGCCCACUCCGGGGAGCAGGAGGACUUCAUCGCCGUAGAGUUGAGGAACGGCGUUCCAGCUCUGAGCGUAAACCACGGAUCAGGAACGCUGACGCUGCAGCUCCCGCCCAAAUCCACCGUCACCGACCGGCGCUGGCAUCGCCUCGACGUCAUCAGUGACGGAAAGUCCGUGCAGCUGAUUCUGGAUCAGUGUGGGGGCGUGGCGGUGAACGAGCCGGAGGGGGUCGGGGGCGACGCUCAGGAGGUGGACGAGUCCGGCUGCAGAGCUGCAGGAGAGACUCCUGGGAGCCAGAGGUAUCUGAACGUGUUCCAGCCUCUUCAGUUGGGCGGAGUCAAGGAAACGUCUCCUCACCGACGUUACCGCAGCUUCACCGGCUGCAUCCGCAACCUGGUGGUGGACAGUCAGGUGUACGACCUGGCGUCUCCAGGUGAGAGCGUGGACAGCGCCCCGGGGUGCAGGCUGACAGACGGGGUGUGUGUGACGGCGGCGAGCCCCUCCUGCGGCGUUCACGCCUCCUGCCUCGCCGACUGGGGCUCGUUCAGCUGCGAGUGUCACCCGGGGUACACGGGACACAAGUGUGACCAAGCCGUCCCAGAGUUCUCCUUCGACUCGGGCAGCGUUGUGCGUUAUCAGCUGAGAGGCGGCGGCAGCUCUCGACGCACCAACGUCCAGCUGCUCCUCCGAACCAGAGCCACGUCGGGCACCCUGCUCUCCGUGACGUCCCGGGAUGCCAACGAGUACAUCGUCCUGGAGAUCAUGGAGGGUCACCUCUCUGUCCGGGCCAACCUCGGCGACGGUGCCGACGCCCUGCGGCUUCCCGGCCAGCGGGUGGACAUCGGGCAGUGGGUCCUGGUCAGCCUCAGUCGCCAUGACAACCUGUUCACCCUGCGGCUGGAGCGAGGAGGAGGGUCCCGGGAGGCCCAGGCCCGGCUGGGGAGCCGGAGGGAGAUCGUGGUUCACCCAGCCAGCGUGAUGGUCGGCAACGGACCGAACCCCGGAGACAAGGCGGACUUUCAGGGCUGUCUGCGGGACGUUCGUUUUAACGGCCAGGCGCUCCCUCUGGACGGGCAGAGCCGGGACUUGGUGACGGUGCUGGAGAGGCGGGGCGUCACCUCCGGUUGCUCCAGCGACGCCUGCAGCAGCCAACCGUGCCGCAGCCCGCUGCGCUGCAUCGACCUGUGGAGGAAGCAUCAGUGCAGGUGUCCCGGCGGUCAGGUGACGGUGACAGACGAGUCGGGACAGCGCUGCAUGCCGUCGCCCUGUGGACUUUCUUCCUGCCGGAACGGCGGUGUGUGUCAGGCGCUGUCGCCCGACAGCUACCGGUGCCGCUGUCAGGAGGGGUUCAGGGGUCAGCGCUGCGAGCUGGGGCAGGUCAAAGGUCACCGGCUGGCCGCCCUCAGUCCCAGCUCCAUCUUGGCCAUCAGCAUGUGUCUCCUCGUCUUCUUCGCGGUGUUGGUGGCGGUGACGGUGUGGAACCAGAAAGGCAGCCGCAACAAGUUCAGGAAGCGAGGAGUUUACCACAUCCCCGCUGAACACGAGAGCUGGGAGGACAUCCGAGAAAACAUCCUCAACUACAACGAGGAGGGAGGGGGGGAGCAGGACCAGAAUGGUUAUGACAUCACAGAGCUGAAGCGUCCUCUGUGCUCCAGUCUGUCCCAGUCGUCGUCCUGCACCACCGCCCCCCUCAUCAAGUCUUCCCCCGGCUCCCAGGAGGAGGUGCACCCGUCCAGCUCCUCCUGCAGCUCCGGUGCUCCCUACCUCAGCAUCCCGCAUCACCACCACUCGCGGUCCCACGUGGACUUUAAGAGCUACGUGGCGCGGAUCAUCUGGGAGGCCGACAACGACGGCGAGGCGUUCCCGCCGGACGCCUACCACGUGUGGUGCGUGGAGGGCUCGGGGUCGUCGGCGGGAAGCCUCAGCUCCCUGGGGUCGGCCGCGUCACAUGAUGAAGGAGGGUUUGUGUACGACAGGCUGUCGCGCUGGGGCCCCAAGUUCCACGCCCUGAGCGAGAUGUACGACCGGCCCCAGCUGGCGCUCUCAUACAGGGACGCCAUAGCUUACAUACAGAGGAGCCACAGCCACGACCCCCUGCCUCAUCACCACUAG